UAACGAUCAGUGGGCGAGCUGGUUGCAAGGGAAAAAAAAUGAAAUUUAGGAUAAAAAUUCGUUCAUUUAAUUUCUCCGCCGGGUUGAGUAUAAGAAUUUGUAAAUCUGUGUGUGUGUGUGUGUGUGUAUAAGCAACUUUAAUGAGAAUUGGUAUUAGACACGCUAUUGCUUUUAUCCACUGCAUUACGGAUUCUCGUUAAUCACGGUUAAUUUCGCACAUGGUAGUUAUUUUGCUUUAUGUUUGUCUCUGGUCAGAGUUUGUGCUGCUCUCCGAGUUGCGGUCCUGAUGCGUCGAUCGCUCUAUAUUUCCCCUGCUUUUAAUGUGAUGGUUGAGUCCAGCUCCUCUCGCUGCUUGCGAGCUGUCUAUUUUCUCCCCUCUUUCUGCUCCCUCCGACUCAUUCAGCCGCUCUCCUUGGAUCGAGGAAGCCUCUUGUGGGUCUCAGCAUCCCUGCGGUGACCCUCUCCCGGUGAUAUGAGCGGUAAUCCGGGCGCAUCCCUGCACCGUAGGCAUCCGAUCUUUUUGCCAAAGCUGGAUCUCUAUGCGUUUUUCUGAUUGCUGAAAAUCAACCCCCCAAACCCUCCCCACCAAGACACCCGUGGCUGCGUGGAAUAACAGCGUUAUAUGCCUGCGAUGGGGGAAUUUAAACGCGUCCUCUUUUUUCUCGCAUGUCUGAUGGCCGCAGCCGAAGGUCAGUCGUGCGGUGGCUUGGUGCAGGGUCUGAAUGGGACGAUAGAGAGCCCCGGCUUCCCACAUGGUUACCCCAACUAUGCCAACUGCACCUGGAUCAUCGUCACGGGGGAGAGGAACAGGAUACAGCUGUCAUUUCACACCUUCGCCCUGGAGGAGGACUUUGACAUUGUCUCCAUCUAUGAUGGACAACCUCAACCUGGCAACCUGAAAAUGAGGCUGUCGGGAUUCAUGUUACCCUCUCCGAUCGUGAGCACGGGAUCAAUCCUGGCACUGUGGUUCACCACUGAUUUCGCCGUAAGCGCUCAAGGAUUUAAGGCGAUUUAUGAAGUUCUGCCCAGUCACACGUGUGGGAACCCGGGUCUGAUCCCAAAGGGAAUCAUCCAUGGGUCACGCUAUAACAUCGGCGACAAGAUGCGCUACAGCUGUGUGCCUGGUUAUGUGCUGGAGGGCCACGCCCUGCUCACGUGCAUCGUCAGCCCGGGCAGUGGUGCAUCCUGGGAUUUCCCAGCUCCGUUCUGCAGAGCGGAGGGGGCGUGUGGGGGAACCCUCAGGGGAACCACAGGCACCAUCAGCAGCCCCCACUUCCCAUCAGAGUAUGAGAACAACGCUGACUGCACGUGGAGCAUCCUGGCCGAACCGGGAGACACCAUCGCACUGGUGUUCACUGACUUCCAGCUGGAAGACCGCUAUGACUUCCUGGAGAUCAGUGGAACAGAGGCUCCAUCUAUAUGGCUGACUGGUAUGAACCUGCCUUCACCUGUCAUAAGCAGCAAGAACUGGCUGAGGCUCCACUUCACGUCCGACAGCAACCAUCGACGGAAAGGCUUCAGUGCCCAGUACCAAGUAAAAAAGGCCAUCGAGCUGAAGUCUAGGGGUGUCAAAAUGCUUCCAAACAAAGACACAAGCCACAAAAAUGCAGUCUUGAGCCAAGGAGGCCUGACAGCGGACCUGUGUCCGGAUCCCGGCAUUCCAGAAAAUGGGAAGCGGACUGGGGCUGACUUUCAGGUGGGGGCCAGCAUCCAGUUCUCAUGCGACGACAGCUACGUCCUCCAGGGGCCAAAGAGCAUCACCUGCCAGCGGGUGACAGAGACGCUGGUGGCGUGGAGUGACCACCGACCCACAUGCCGCACGAGGACGUGCGGAUCCAACCUAAGAGGUCCGAAGGGGGUCAUCACGUCUCCAAACUACCCAGUCCAGUACGAGAAUAACGCACACUGCGUUUGGGUCAUAACCACCAGUGACCCCAGCAAGGUGAUCAAGCUGGCCUUCGAGGAGUUCGAGCUGGAGCGCGGCUAUGACACGCUGACCGUCGGUGAUGGAGGGAAGAUCGGGGAUGCCCGCAGAGUCCUCUAUGUCCUCACAGGCUCCAGCGUCCCCGACCUCAUCGUCAGCAUGAGCAACCAGAUGUGGCUUCACCUCCAGUCGGACGACACCAUUGGCUCCCAGGGCUUCAAAGCCAUCUACGAAGAGAUCGACAAGGGUGGCUGUGGGGACCCCGGCGUGCCAGCGUACGGCAAGCGGAUGGGGACACGCUUCCUGCAUGGGGACGUGCUGACCUUUGAGUGUCAGGCGGCCUUCGAGCUGGUGGGCGAGCGGGCCAUCUCCUGCCAGCAGAAUAACCAGUGGUCCGGGAACAAGCCCAGCUGUGUCUUCUCCUGCUUCUUCAACUUCACGGCUCCCUCCGGCAUCAUCCUGUCCCCAAACUACCCGGACGAGUACGGAAACAACAUGAACUGCGUGUGGCUGAUCAUCGCCGAGCCGGGCAGCCGCAUUCACCUUAUCUUCAGCGACUUCGAUGUGGAGCCGCAGUUCGACUACCUGACAGUGAAGGAUGACGGCAUGCCAGAACCCACCACCUUCGGCACCUUCUCCGGGAAGGACGUGCCGUCUCAGAUUGCCAGUAACGGACACAUCAUGCGGCUGGAGUUCCAGUCUGACCACUCCAACACUGGGCGCGGCUUCAACAUCACGUAUACCACAUUCGGACACAACGAGUGCCACGAUCCGGGCAUUCCCAUCAACGGGCAGCGCUACGGCGACCGCUUCCUGCUGGGCAGCUCCGUGUCCUUCACCUGUGACGAGGGCUUCAUCAAGACGCAUGGCUCCCAGGCUGUCACCUGUGUGCUGCAGGACGGCAACGUGGUGUGGAAUGCCGCUGUCCCGCGCUGCGAAGCGCCCUGCGGUGGACACCUGACGGCACCCACGGGAAUCUUGCUGUCUCCGGGCUGGCCGGGAUACUACAAGGACUCCCUGAGCUGCGAGUGGGUGAUCGAGGCCCAGCGGGAUCAUGCCAUCAAGAUAUCCUUCGACCGGUUUCAGACCGAGGUUAAUUAUGACACUCUGGAGAUCCGGGAUGGCCCGUCAGGAUCGUCCCCGCUGAUCGGGGAAUACCACGGGACACAGGCUCCCCAUUUCCUCAUCAGCACGGGGAAUCACAUGUUCCUGCUGUUCACCACGGACAACAGCCGCUCCAGCGUGGGAUUCCAGAUUCGCUAUGAGAGCAUCAGGAUGGAGAGCGACUCCUGCCUAGACCCUGGCAUCCCGGUCAAUGGCCGGCGCCAUGGCAACAACUUUGCCAUUGGCGCACGGGUGAUGUUCAGCUGUGACCGCGGCUACACACUGAGCGACGAGGAGCCCGUUGUGUGCGAGAGGAACCACCAGUGGAGCCACGCGCUGCCUAGCUGUGACGCUCUGUGUGGCGGAUACAUCCAUGGGAAAACAGGAACGGUGCUGUCUCCUGGCUUUCCGGACUUCUAUCCAAAUUCGCUGAACUGUACAUGGACAAUCGAAGUAUCGCAUGGAAAAGGGGUGCAGCUGGUCUUCCACACCUUCCACCUGGAGGACUCCCAUGACUACCUGCUGAUCAGUGAGGACGGUGGCUUCUCUGAGCCAGUGGCACGGCUCACAGGCUCGGUGCUGCCACCCGCCGUCAAGGCCGGCCUUUUCGGCAACUUCACCGUGCAGCUGCGCUUCAUCUCCGACUUCUCCAUGUCCUACGAGGGCUUCAACAUCACCUUCUCGGAGUACAGCCUUGAGCCUUGCGAGGACCCCGGCGUCCCGGCCUACAGCCGCCGCGUUGGCUUCCAGUUCGGUGUUGGAGACUCUCUGGUGUUCUCCUGCUUUCCCGGAUACCGGCUGGAAGGGGAGCAGAGGAUCACGUGCCUGGGUGGGGGCCGCAGGGUGUGGAGCGCCGUCCUGCCAAGGUGUGUGGCUGAAUGCGGCGCCUCCUCCGUCGGCCCCGAGGGGAUCCUCCUGUCUCCAAACUACCCAGGGAACUACGACAACAACCAUGAGUGCAUCUACCGCAUGGAGACGGCGAGAGGCCAGGGCGUCUGCGUGCGUGCCUCUGUCUUCCAGCUACAGGAGGGUGACUACCUUAAGGUGUAUGAUGGGAAAGAUGUUUCAUCUCGACUUCUUGGGAAUUUUACAAAGACUGACAUGUACAACAUCAUCCUUAACAGUACUUCCAACCACCUGAUGAUUGAGUUCAACAGCAAUGGUACAGGAACCAGCAAAGGAUUCAGACUGUCCUACACUAGUUUUGACCUUGUGAAGUGUGAGGAGCCGGGCACCCCCAACUACGGGUACAAGGUUCAAGACGAUGGCCACUUCACCGACACAGCGGUGGUCUACAGCUGCAACCCUGGGUACACGCUACAUGGGAGCAACACAUCCACAUGCCUGAGCGGAGACCGUCGUGUGUGGGACAAACCACUACCAUCAUGUGUAGCUGAGUGUGGAGGGCACAUCACAGCGGCAACAUCAGGGCGGAUACUGUCGCCGGGAUACCCGGCUCCCUACGACAAUAACCUCCACUGUACCUGGUCCAUCGAAGCUGACACAGGCAAAACCGUAAGCCUCCACUUCAUCGUCUUCGACACGGAGGUGGCCCAUGACAUCCUAAAGGUUUGGGAUGGCCCCGUGGAGGGCGGCAUCCUGUUGCGCGAGUGGAGCGGCUCCUCCCUCCCAGAAGACGUCCACAGCACCUUCAACAUCCUCACACUGCAGUUUGACAGUGACUACUUCAUCAGCAAGUCCGGUUUCUCCAUCCAGUUCUCCACCAUGACGGCCACAACCUGCAAUGACCCCGGGACGCCGCAGAAUGGCACGCGCUACGGGGACAGCCGUCACCCCGGCGACACCAUCACCUUCCAGUGUGACCCUGGGUACCAGCUGCAGGGUGUGGCCAGGAUCACCUGCGUGCAGCUCAACAACCGUUUCUUCUGGCAGCCAGACCCCCCCUUGUGCAUUGCCACCUGUGGAGGUAAUGUGACAGGCCCCUCCGGGGUAAUACUGUCUCCCAACUACCCCCAGCCAUACCCCCCAGGGAAGGAGUGUGACUGGAGGAUUAGAGUGAACCCCGACUUUGUGAUUGCCCUCAUUUUUAAAAGCUUCAACAUGGAGCCCAGCUAUGACUUCCUGCAUGUGUACGAAGGAGAGGAUUCCAACGGACCGCUCAUCAGCAGUCUCCAGGGCAACCAGGCUCCGGAACGCAUCGAGAGCAGCGGAAACAGCCUGUUCCUGGCAUUCCGCAGCGAUGCCUCACUGGGAAUGUCUGGGUUCGCCAUUGAAUUCAAAGAGAAGCCACGGGAGGCGUGUUUCGACCCAGGAAACAUCAUGAAUGGCACUCGCCUCGGGUCCGACUUCAAGCUGGGCUCCACGGUGACCUACCAGUGCGACUCAGGCUACACGGCAUCAGGCCCCACCACCGUCACCUGUGUGAUAGGGGCCGACGAGAAACCUGCGUGGGACAAGGCACUGCCUACAUGCAAAGCACCCUGUGGAGGACAGUACACUGGCCUGGAAGGAGUGGUACUGUCUCCAAAUUACCCCCACAACUACACCUCUGCGCAGACCUGCUCCUACCAUAUCACCGUCUCCAAGGAAUUCGUGGUGUUUGGGCAGUUUGCAUACUUUCAGACGACCAUGAACGACUCGGUGGAGCUGUUUGAUGGGGCCAACCAAAAUGCCAGGCUGCUCAGCUCGCUGUCCGGUUUCCACUCAGGAGAGACUCUGCCUCUGGCCACCUCCAAUCAGAUCAUGUUGAGAUUCACUGCAAAGAACGGCCCGACAGCUCGUGGAUUCCACUUUGUUUACCAAGCUGUCCCACGCACCAGUGACACUCAGUGCAGCUCAGUGCCAGAGCCCCGGUACGGAAGGCGGAUUGGGUCUGAGUUCUCAGCCGGCUCUGUAGUCCGCUUCGAGUGCAACCCUGGUUACCUGCUGCAGGGAUCGAAAGCCAUCAAGUGCCAUGCUGUCCCCAAUGCACUGGCGCAGUGGAACGACACCGUGCCCAUCUGUAUAGUACCAUGCAGCGGAAACCUGACGGAGAGGAGGGGCACCGUCCUGUCGCCUGGAUACCCGGAGCCAUAUGGAAACAGCCUGAACUGCGUCUGGAAGAUCAUCGUGAGCGAGGGAGCUGGCAUCCAGAUCCAGGUGAUGAGCUUCGCCACGGAGCACAACUGGGAUUCCCUGGAAAUCUACGAUGGGGGAGACAUGACAGCCCCCAAGCUGGGAAGCUUUUCAGGUACUACGGCGCCUGCUCUGCUCAACAGCACCUCCAACCAACUGUACCUGCAUUUCCACACGGAUAUCAGCGUGGUGGCCGCCGGGUUUCACCUGGAGUACAAAACUGUGGGGUUGACGACGUGUCCGGAGCCGGUGGUGCCUGCCAACGGGCUGAAGAUGGGGGACAGAUACAUGGUGAACGAGGUAGUGUCAUUCAGCUGCGAGCCAGGCUACGUGCUGCAGGGCCACUCCCACAUCUCCUGCAUGCCUGGCACGGUGCGGCGCUGGACCUACCCCUCCCCACUCUGCAUCGCCCAGUGUGGGGGGACCCUCCAUGACCUCAGCGGCAUCAUUCUGAGCCCCGGCUUCCCUGGCAACUACCCCGGCAACCUGGACUGCACCUGGAGGAUCCUGCUUCCGGUUGGAUACGGUGCUCACAUCCAGUUCCUGAACUUCUCCUCGGAGGACAACCAUGACUUCCUGGAGGUGCGCAAUGGGCCACAGCACAUGAGCUCCCUGAUUGGACAGUUCAGCGGCAGCCAGCUCCCGCCCCAGCUGCUGAGUACUACCCACGAGACCGUGAUCCACUUCUACACUGAUCAUUCAGAGAACCGGCCAGGCUUCAAGCUUCUCUAUCAAGCAUAUGAGCUGCAGAACUGCCAGGACCCCGGCCCCUUCCCCAACGGCCACAUCAUCGGCGAGGCCUACAGCGCCGGCCAGUCCAUCACCUUCGAAUGCCUCCCCGGAUACGUCCUACUUGGGCACUCGGUGCUCACCUGCCAGCAUGGCACCAACAGGAAGUGGAACCACCCUUUCCCCCGCUGCGUAGCCCCUUGUGGCUACAAUGUCACAGAACAGAAUGGUACAAUAUACUCACCGGAGUACCCCAAUGAGUAUCCCAACUCCCAGGACUGCACAUGGAUUGUCACUGUGCCGCAUGGGCACGGCAUCUACAUCAACUUCACGCUCCUCCAAACGGAGCCCGUCACUGACUACAUUGCCGUGUGGGACGGCCCAGAACAGCACUACCCCCAGCUAGGUGUCUUCAGUGGUAACACCGCCCUGGAGUCGGCCUACAGCUCCUACAACCAGGUGCUCAUCAAGUUCCACAGCGACUUCUCUACCAGUGGCUUCUUCAUCCUCAAUUUCCAUGCCUAUUCCCUUAAAAAAUGCCCGCCGCCUCCAGUGGUCGAAGACGCCGAAUUAGUGGCAGAGGACCAGGAUUACGAAAUAGGAGACACAGUGCAGUACCGCUGUCUGCCUGGCUUCACGCUCGUGGGGAGCAAUGAACUGACCUGCAAGCUCAACUCGCACCUGCAGUUCGAGGGCCCAGCACCAUCCUGUGAGGCCCAGUGCCCAGCCAAUGAGGAGAGGACUGAGUCUUCAGGUGUGAUCCUAAGUCCAGGAUACCCCAAGAACUAUCCCAAUUCCCAGACCUGCUCCUGGAUCAUCAAAGUCAAGCCGUCUUAUACCAUCUCCAUCUAUGUUGAGAUGUUCCAGAGCGAAAAGCAGUUUGAUGAGCUGGAGAUCUUUGAUGGUCCCUCUGGGCAGAACCCGCUGCUGGUGGCACUCAGUGGGAACCACUCCUCCCAGCUGAACUUCACGAGCAAGACCCACCAGCUGUACCUCAGGUGGUCCACCGACCACGCCACGAGCAAGCGCGGCUUCAAGAUACGCUAUACCGCCGCGUACUGCAGCGCCGGUGCCACGCCCACAAACGGCGCCAUCCUCAACAGGACGGGGGAACACACAGGCACCCAGCUGCAGUAUUCCUGCGAUGCCGGUUACCGGGCCGUGGGCCAGAGUAACGCCACCUGUAGGAUGCUGCUCAACGGGCUCUACGGCUGGAGUGCCCCGCCCCCGCUCUGCCAAGCCAUCUCAUGUGGCGUUCCCGACGUUCCGAGGAAUGGGUCAUUUCGUGGCUUCCAGUACACGGUGGGCAACAGCGUGCAGUAUGAGUGCAACAAUGGCUACCGGAUGGAGGACGGCCAAUUCCCCACGGCUGAGUGCCAGGAGGAUGGCAUGUGGAGCAGCCGUGGGCACCUGCCACAAUGCACACCGGUACGGUGCCCCGACAUCGAGACGGUUCUCCUGGAGAACAUGGUGUGGCGCUUGAUUUCCGGGGCCCCUGGCGAGUUCGGCGCCCAGGUCAUGCUCAGCUGCUCCCCCGGCUUCUACUUGGAAGGCCAGCGUAUCCUCCGCUGUCUGGCCAAUGGCUCCUGGAGUGGCCUAGAGGAGAGGUCCACCUGCAGGAUCAUCUCCUGCGGUGACCUGCCCUCACCGCCAAAUGGCAACAAGAUCGGCACACUGAACACGUUUGGUGCCACGGCCAUCUUCACGUGCAACACGGGCUAUACACUGGCCGGCUCGCAUGUGCGUGAAUGUAGCGAGAACGGCCUAUGGAGCGGUGUGGAGACCAAGUGCCUUGCCGGCCACUGCGGGACCCCGGACCCCAUCACCAACGGCCACAUCAGUGGCGACGGCUUCAGCUACCGGGACACCGUCGUCUACCAGUGCAACCUGGGCUUCCGGCUCAUUGGCACAUCCGUCCGCAUCUGCCAGCAGGACCAUCGCUGGUCAGGGACCGCGCCCGUCUGCGUGCCCAUCACAUGUGGUCACCCCGGCAACCCUGCAAACGGCCGGACACACGGCUCUGAGUUCAACCUGAACGACUUGGUGAACUUCACAUGUAAUGUGGGAUAUACGCUCUACGGCGCCGCUAAGGCGCAGUGCCGCGUCACGGGCCACUGGAGCAGCCCCCUCCCAGCCUGCAGGGUGGUGAACUGCUCGGAACCGGGCUUCAUGGAGAACGCCAUCCGUCAGUCGCAGCAGCGCUACCAGGAUGCCUUCAGCUACCCCAGCAGCGUGAUGUUCCAGUGCAAACGCGGCUUCCACCUCCUGGGGUCUGCGGUGCUCAGCUGUCAAGCUACCGGCCUGUGGGACCGCUCGCUGCCCAAAUGCCUCCCCAUUUCCUGUGGGGAUCCUGGAACACCUCCCAAUGCCAUCAUAUCAGGGAAGAGCUUCACCAAUGGAGCUGUGGUCUACUACUCGUGUGGGCAGGGCCGAGCACUGAUCGGGAACGGCACUCGGCAGUGCCAGGAGGAUGGGCGCUGGAGCGGCUCGCUGCCUUACUGCUCAGGCACCAGCCCUGGCAUCUGCGGCGAUCCUGGUGUGCCCCCCCAUGGCUCACGGCUAGGGGAGGAAUUCCGGCUGAAGAACCUACUGCGGUUUACCUGUGAGGCUGGCUACACCCUUGUCGGCUCGGCCGAGCGGACCUGCCUGCUCAAUGGAUCCUGGAGUGGGACACAGCCCAUGUGUGAAGCCGUAUCAUGUGGAAACCCGGGAACACCGGCCUUCGGGAAGAUUGUCCUCAGCGAUGGCAUCCUCUUCUCUAGCUCGGUGACAUACGCCUGCUGGGAGGGCUACAGGACCACUGGCUUGACCACCCGCCACUGCACUGCCAACGGCACCUGGACUGGCUCCCCCCCAGACUGCACUGUGAUCAGCUGUAGCGAUCCCGGCAGCAUUGCCAAUGGCUUCUACAUUGGCAACGAGUUCACCUUCAACAAGACAGUGCAGUACCACUGCAACCCGGGGUUCCUGUUGGAGCAUGAUGGGCCCCCUAGCCUGCGGUGCACCCAGGACGGCAGCUGGAACCAGAGUCGGCCCAGCUGCAGGGCAAUUGUCUGCAGCCAGCCCCCAGCCAUCUCCCAUGGGCAGGUGGAGGGCUCUGAGCUUCACUGGGGCUCCAGCAAGGCCUACAGCUGCUUGGAGGGCUACCAGCUGUCUGCACCUGGCAUCCUCACAUGCGAGGGCAAUGGCAGCUGGCGCGGUGACGUCCCCCAGUGCCUGCCUGUGCUGUGUGGAGACCCCGGCUCACCAGCGGAGGGUCAUGCCGAGGGGAGGCAGUUCACCUACGGCUCGGAGGUCACCUUCCACUGCCGCCCUCCCUACCUGCUGGUUGGCUCCCCCAGGCGAACGUGUCAAUCCGACGGGACCUGGAGCGGCGUCCAGCCCUCCUGCAUAGAUCCCGCAUACAACGUCUGCAGAGACCCAGGAACACCAGCUUUUGGGAUUCCUAUCCAGGCCCACGGAUUCGAGGUCGGAAGUAAAAUUUUCUUUAAAUGUAGGAAAAACUACCACAUAUUAGGAUCGACAACGCGGAUGUGCCUGGAGGACCUGACCUGGAGCGGGACGCAGCCUGAGUGCAUCCCUCACGCCUGCAGGCAGUUGGAGACGCCGGCUCACUGCGAUGUGCGUGCCCUGGACCUGCCUACACUGGGCUACACACUGAUGUACACCUGCCAGGCUGGCUUCUUCCUGGCCGGCGGCUCUGAGCAUCGCACCUGCAAGGCGGACGGGAGGUGGUCCGGAAAGCCACCCAUCUGCAAAGUUGGUCUGAAAAUAAACGACAAAAAGGAAGACACAGAUGACCAGAAAAACAAAAUCCGAGUUCCCGCCGAUGUGUUCUCUUUAAAUUCUGGCUGGACUGGCUUCUACGAGUACCUGGGCAAGAGGCAACCAGCCACCAUCACUGUAAACGGCUUCAACGUAACAACCAGCAAAGUGAACGUCACUCUGCUGGAGCACAGCGGCGUGCAGAUCAAGCUGUCAGGCACAUAUAAAAAAGAAGAGAAUCAUUUACUCCUGAAGGUGUACAAUGUCCGAGGGCCCAUGGAGCUUUAUUUCAGUAAAUUUAAAAAUGACAACUGGGCAAUGGAUGGAUUUGUGACGGCGGAAACUGACAAAAAUAGCUACGUGUACCAGGGUUAUAUUCACAGCAAAGAUUUUGGGAAAUUUCAGCUGAAAAGACAAGGUCUGAUAACAGACAUGGAUCCUUCAAAUCCAUAUUAUGGCACAAAUAGCGGCUCAGUGGCAGCUGCUAUCUUGGUGCCAUUCUUCGCUUUGAUCCUUUCGGGAUUUGCCUUUUACCUCUACAAACACAGAACAAGACCAAAAGUUCAGUACAACGGCUACGUGGGGCACGAAAACACAAACGGACAGGCGUCAUUUGAGAAUCCCAUGUAUGACACGAACAUGAAGCCGACAGAGGCCAAAGCUGUGCGCUUUGACACCACGCUGAACACGGUGUGCACUGUCGUAUAGCCCCAGCUCCAGGCCAUGCACUUCGACACCAUGCUGAAUAUGGUAUGCACAGUGGUACAGUCUCAGUCUUCACUGAGAUCUGACGUUUGGUGCCAUGUGCCAGUCCCCCCCCACUCCUUUCUCUGCUACCGCAGCGACUCAACUGACUUUCCGGCAAAAAUGGUAAACAGCAAAAAUGGGAGAUCUUUAUUUUUUUUGUAAACAAGAAUAUUGGCAAAAAAGACUCUUCAUCGAGGAGAGACCAUGACUUUGUGAAAGACAACAUGGAUGAUGAUUUUUAUUUUUGAUUACUUCUGUUUCUCAUGGCCCUUGCAGGAAGAGAGUGAAUUCCACUCUUUUGUUUGUCGUACUUUCUAAAAGCACUUUCUUACGGACACGUCCAAGAGCAUCAAGAGGAUGGAAAAACUGUCAACGAGAAAUGGAGACGACAAGUUCUCCCUGAAUCCGAAAUGGCUGCUCAGGCCAGACUUCUCAAAUAAUAGUGGAAAUGUUACAGUGAUGGGUGUGAGACAGACGAACUUCUCUGGUCUGUCUGGGCCUCGGUCCCGGGUCCCAAGAGGGGUGUCCUCUGCAGUUGUGUUUGCAAACCGUAACGGCACAAUUUUUGCACUAGCGUGUGACAGAUGGACACAACGUCAAUUCAAAAAGAAAACAAACACAAACAGAAAAACAGGGUUUAUAUAUGCUGACCAUAUGUAUAUAAACAUGUGUUUCCAUUCUCACAGGAAGCAUGUGGCCAUGCUACAUGUCCAAGCUGCAGAAAAAUGAGAAAUGACUUCAUCGCCCUCAUUGAGAGACAAGUGCGUCUUUCCCACACACCUCUGCAAAUGGCUGUAACGCCUAUUAAAUGAUGCAGCUUCGUUUUCCUUUGUUGUUUUUUGUUUUAUUUUUAUUUUGAACUGGUAUAUGUAAAAAUCAGCAGCAGCCUUCCGUCAUUACUGUGCUAGCUUGGGUCUUCAGUGCAGAACAGCGCCCCACAAUGUUUCAGUAUCGUAAUGACGCUGAUUCUUACUGCCCCCAGAGAAAUAUUUUUAUUGUGAGAAAGACAUUUGGAUUUUAUUUUUUUAAUUUCACUGCCGGUUUGACAUAUAGUAACUGCUGAUGGUUUAGCUCCAUAAAUCUGUGCUUCCUGACUUAAUUUUUGUUUAGCGAAUGAUGCUACUCAGAUGCCAAAACGAUGCCACUUUCUGUGCUCUCUCUGUUUCUCUCUUUCCCCACGUUGCUCACACGUCUCUAACUGCUUACCAUAAACACAUGCGGCGUCAGGUUAGCUAAAAAUCUGCCCCUUUUGCACAGCGAUCUGUCCUGAUUUCCCUGCGAUGCUGAGCUUAUGAAGUUUUUAUUUUUCAUAAAUGCUGCACUUACUUUGAAUCACAGGUAUAAACGUGGAUGUCUGUCUGUGACGUUAUGUGUGAGGGGGUGUGCACUGCAUUUAAGCUUUUCUCGUUUGUUUUCUCAUGGUGUUUCCUGAUCCCGCUCUCUUUGCACCAAUGCUGGGCUGCCC